AUGUCUACGCCAUACAAUCUUGGAUCGGAUGCCUUGAAGGCUGCACCAUAUGAAUGGAACGACCACUAUGACUUCCCUCGCGACCUCAUCGGAUACGGCGAGAAGUCCCACCAUCCCCAGUGGCCCAAUAAUGCGAAGAUCGCCGUCUCGUUCGUCAUCAACUAUGAGGAAGGAGCAGAACAUACUGUCUUGAACGGCGACGUUCAUUCUGAGACCCACCUGUGGGAAGCUCCGGGCGGAACUCCGCAUGUCCAGGAGCGAGCAGUCAAUAUCGAAUCCGAGUAUGACUACGGGGCCCGGGCCGGCGUCUGGCGCCUCAUUCGCUUGUUCAACAAGCACAAUAUGAAAUAUACUCUGUAUGCCGUUGGCAAAGCCCUCGAAGACAAUCCCGCCGUCGCCAAGUCCUCGGUGGAGAAUGGUCACGACAUUGCAUCGCACGCCUACCGCUGGAUCGAUUAUCACACGGUUGGCCCGGAAGAGGAGAAGGAAUACAUUCGCAAGGGAAUCAAAGCCAUCAAAGACGUCAGCGGUGUCUACCCCAAAGGGUGGUACUACGGACGUCUUUCACCGCGAUCUCAUGCUCUUAUAUGGGAUGUUUACAAGGAAAUGGGCCUCCCUCUCCUUUGGCAAUCCGACUCAUAUGCCGACGACAUUCCGUACUGGGUGGACGUACCUGCCGAGAAGGACGAGCCAAACCCUCAAGGAAUGCUGAUGGUUCCGUACUCAUACGACUGCAACGACUACAAGUUCAACGUUGCCACGGGAUUCAGCGCGCCGAUGGAUUUCUACGAUCAUGUCAAGGGCGCUUUUGACGUGCUGUAUCAGGAGGGUGUGGAAGGAAUGCCCAAGAUGAUGACGGUCGGGUUGCACUGUCGAUGCAUUGGGAAGCCUGCCCGGUUUGCAGCCCUGCAGAAGUUUGUCGAGUACAUUGCUACAAAGGAGGGAGUAUGGGUUGCAACGAGGACACAGAUUGCGGAAAAUUUCCGAGAGAAGUUCCCGUACAAGAAGGGCCAGUUAGCUUAA